CGUGGACGCAGUGUAUCUCGCGGCUCUUGGCGACACAUUAUCUUGGCUCGCAGUGUCGCAACCCACGACUUAUGCUUGUUGUAAUUGACUGUACUGAUCACUGAUUAAAACCACUUUGAAACAAGAGUUUUGUAGCUAUGGAGUCCUGAUGAAAUUUCCGACUACGAGCGUUGCCUUUGUUGUGCCCAGGUAUGAGAAACCCCCGCAUCAUGUACUAGAAGAGGAUACUUCCUGAUCUAAAGUAACGGGCUAGACCAGUCCAGAAUUGUGAACGAAUGAAUGUGAUGUGCGACUUCCAUCUCUGCAAUAGACCUUGUUUACUUCGGGUCCAUAUCCUGGUCUGAGUUGGAGGCUCAAUCAAAUGUACAACAUGACCAUGUUCCCUCUUUCAUUUUGAUACAGACAUGACCAUGCUCCCUCUUUCAUUUUGAUACAGACACGGAGGCAUCGGGCACUGUCGUGGAGGCAUUUUCUCCAGUGAAGCAAGCAUCUGUGCGCAGGAUUGAGCACAUACUCGGACAUGUCGCCAGCGGCGGCGGAGCUGUGCGCGCGCUGACGUACGCACCUGUCGAAGAAAAUUAUCCAGAAGAGCUUGCUGGCCCCGUGGCAGCCUCGAAAGACACAUCUUCCUCACCAGGAGACGGCAUGCCGAAGGACCCUUCCUCUGGUAACUUUAACACCCCUCAUCUCGAAUCAGAAGUGC